CUGCAGUGCCCCCGGCAGUGAGUUUGGAAUCAGGAUGGGAAAGAGACGCUGUGUCCCUCCACUCGAGCCCAAGCUGGCAGCUGGCUGUUGUGGGGUGAAGAAACCCAAGUUGUCUGCGAGUGGGAGCCACAGUCAUGGGAACCAGGCCAGCACGGCGCCGGGCUCCAGUUCAGGUCCUCUUCAGAACCACCAGCAUACAGAUGGGAAUAAUGGAAGGGAGAACGUAUCUGACUUGACUUUGGGCCCAGGAAAUUCCCCCAUCACUCGGAUGAAUCCCACUUCAGGAGCUCUGAGCCCACUUACCCGGCCCAAUGGAACUGCCAACAGCACCAAGAACCUGGUGGUGACAGCGGAGAUGUGCUGCUACUGCUUUGAUGUUCUCUACUGUCAUCUCUACGGUUUCCCUCAGCCACGACUUCCUCGAUUUACCAAUGACCCCUAUCCACUCUUUGUGACGUGGAAGACGGGGCGAGACAAGCGGCUUCGUGGCUGCAUCGGGACCUUUUCAGCCAUGAAUCUUCACUCAGGACUCAGGGAAUACACAUUAACCAGUGCACUUAAGGACAGCCGAUUUCCCCCCCUGACCCGCGAGGAGCUGCCCAAACUCUUCUGCUCUGUCUCCCUCCUCACUAACUUUGAGGAUGCCAAUGACUACCUGGACUGGGAGGUUGGGAUCCAUGGGAUCAGAAUAGAGUUCAUCAAUGAGAAAGGUGUCAAACGCACAGCCACGUAUUUACCUGAGGUUGCUAAGGAACAAGACUGGGAUCAGAUCCAGACCAUAGACUCCUUACUCAGGAAAGGUGGCUUUAAGGCUCCGAUUACCAAUGAUUUUAGGAAAACAAUUAAACUCACCAGGUACCGCAGUGAGAAGGUGACAAUCAGCUACGCGGAGUACAUGGCUUCCCGCCAGCACUGUUUCCAGAACGGCACCCUUCAUGCCCCGCCCCUCUACAAUCAUUACUCCUGACACACGGCU